GAUGCGAAAGAGGUGACGAUGUCGAUGCUUAAAUCUAGAAGCUGGGUUUCCAUUAUCUUCUUGCUUCUCGCCUUCAUCUUCUAUCUCCGCAAAAACCCUGCUCCUCCAGACAUGGCGGAACAAUCAUCCAACUCCAUCUACGACUUCACCGUUAAGGACAUCAAAGGGAACGAUGUGAAUUUGAGCCAAUAUCGGGGGAAGGUCCUUCUUAUCGUGAAUGUAGCAUCAAAGUGUGGUCUAACACAUGGUAACUACAAAGAGUUGAAUAUUUUGUACGAGAAGUACAAAAGCAAAGGGCUUGAGAUCUUAGCAUUUCCCUGCAACCAAUUUGGCGGUCAAGAGCCAGGUAGCAACGAGGAGAUUCAGGAAACCGCAUGCUCAAUGUUCAAAGCAGAGUUUCCCAUCUUUGACAAGGUUGAAGUGAAUGGAAAGAAUGCUCAUCCCCUCUACAAGUUCUUGAAAGCACAAAAAGGUGGAUUCUUGGCAGAUGCUAUAAAGUGGAACUUCACUAAGUUCCUGGUAGACAAAGAAGGGAAGGCUGUCGACCGUUAUGCUCCCACUACAUCACCUCUUAAGAUUGAGAAAGACAUAGAGAAGCUUCUGGCUGCUGCCUGAAUGGAAAAUUAAAGGUGAGAUCUGUGUUUGCCCACAGAAAUUUCUGUCACUGCUAAUCUCAUUUUCCUUGUCUAAGGACAGAAUAAGAGCAGCAUAAGUGUAAUCUGUGAACUAUGAAUUCAGUCUUUUACCACCUCCAUGUUUUUAGCAGUUUUAUCAGUUGGGAAUGCACACAAUAGGUGUUCUGUUCUGUAUAAACCCAAAUGCUUGUGAACUAUCAUCGCAAAAAUAAAGUUUUAUUAUUUC